CUACAACUGUGGUGCACGUGUAUGCAUCGUCUCUGUAUCUCAAGAAAUAGAUCGAAAGUGUUUGGCAUUUUGGACCCAGUAUGCUUGGAUUUUAAUCCAACUGAUCCUAGUACUAAAUCUAAAGUUCAGGGACACAUACAAACUAGGUUGCGUGAUUUGAACAAAGUGUGUUACUUAGCACCAUAUCUAUUUAAAGGACACUGGCAGUUAAUAAUUAUUUGUCACAAGGGCAAUAGUUUAGUUGUCCUUUGUUCAAUGCACCGAGAUCUUAAUGAAGGAAUGAUUAAGAUUGUUUCAAAAGCUUUAGAGGUUCAUCAACUUGCUCAGGGCAAUAGAAAGAAGGCUAAAUGGUUUCGUCCCAAACCAAGAAAGCAACCUAAUGGCAAUGAUUGUGGAUACUAUGUGAUGAAGAAUAUGCUAGAUAUCAUCUCUGCUAAUAUUACUAAGUCUUGGAUGGAGGUAUUCAAUGAUCCAACGACAUUAACUGAAGAUGACUUAUAUGAUUUGCGAAACCAAUGGGCAACUUGUUUUCUUGACUUGUAUAACGCGUAGGAUUUACAUGAUGAAAAUUGAUUAUGAUGUGGCUGAGAUGAGACAUUGUCGGUGCUUACGACUGAGAUGAAAUGAGAUGCUUUUUGCAGCUGAAGCUUAGCAUAUUUACAAUGA